UAACCUUUCAAUUUGUUGUUUUUACCCGAAAAUGUGGCUUAUAUUUUUUGUUUAAAUUCUCUAGAUUUAUAAAAGUAACAUUGACUGUUUUUGACUGUUAACAAUUAAUACAAUAUGAGCGAAGAAAAUAUUGAAGUAACUGAACCAAAUGCAGGGGAACAAAAUGAAAAUAAUCCACAUAAACGAAAGUGGCGUAAAAAACGAAAGAAUUUCUUAUCCAAUGCAAAGAAAUAUGCUAAGAAAGGACAGAUGGGUCGCGGAACACAAAUACCUGAAGAGUUAUAUCAGUAUUUCGUUGGAAUUUUGGAAGCUAUCAAACAAGGGAUCGAAGAUAAGGAUGAAAAACAGGCUUUAGUUAACAAUGUACUGGAGAGAAGUAAAGGUGAAGAGUUAAACAUAAUGGGCAAUCAGCUAGGUUGUCGUGUUAUAGAGCUUUUAAUACCAUAUUCAACAUCUGAAGAUCUAGAACGAUAUAUAGAAGUUGUCAAUUCAGACUUACGUAGACUCUGUUCAGAUAACUUCUGCGGUUAUGUUCUCAAUAGUAUGCUGACUGUUUGUAGUCACAGAGCUACAGAUCAAUUCCAGAAUGAUCAAGAAGUAGAAGAUGAAGUACCUAAGAAGAAGCGAAAGGUGGAAAAAUCUAAAUACACAGAAGAACAUGUUAAAAAUUGUCACGAAUUUGUUAUGAAAAUGUCCAAAUAUGUUUUGAAUAAUUUGGAAGAUUUUGUUUGGGAACCGAACACAAAUUAUAUGGUACGAACAGUACUUAAAUGUUUGAGCGGUAUAAAUCUCUUACCUGGAGAGAAACCUAAAAUAAAUCUAUUCAAAGAGCCGAUAUUACAAAACAAAGGAAUACCGCCACACCAUAGUGACGUUAAAUAUAGGAUUGUUCCGGAAGAAUUUCUCGAAGUAAUCAAAGAGUUUGGCAACCGUCUAUCACUUUGGCCUCAAUUUAAAGAUUUGCCGUUUGAAAAUAUGACAUCAGCGUUAUUACAAGUCCUUCUGUUUGCUGUUAAAAAUGCUGACAAAACGUUAACAAAGCAUUUAAUAAAGAAAUUAUUGAAUGAGAGUUUUGCACCUGAUGAUUGGGUACCAGAAGGAUCUGAUGAUAAGAAAGAUGAUGAAAAAGAUGUUAAAGGUGAUGGAAAUGAUGAACAGAAUGAUACAUCAAGUUCCAAUUUACCUCCUGUCUUUAAAUCGGAAGCAGCUGUAAGGUUAUUAGAGGCUGCGCUGUUUGUGGCUAAAAAGAAGAUGUAUACUCAGAUUUAUGCUAAAUGCUUUAUCAAUCGCCUCGGUCAGCUCGCUACUGUCAAGAUGUUGAACUUUACUGUGCAACGGUUAUUUGACAACUGUCAGAUUAAAGAAGAGUUUGAACCAAUGUUUGAAGAGAUAAGUCCCAAAUUUGAGGAGAUAAUGUCAUGUGGUAACACCGGCGUGCUGGUGGCAUUGGCCAAAGCCUGUCAUAGACUGAAAAGCAAGCAAACACAGUUUGUGCACCAUCUAGAAGUAUUACUGAAGUGUACAGAAGAAGCAGAUCAGAAGUACUUCUCAGUGUUAUGUCUGCGAUUGUCUCCGCUAGACAAAGUGGAUGUUAGCAAAUUUUCGGAGGAAUAUUUUAUAAAUAUACACGGAUCUAUUAUAUUGCAAACUAUAUUAGACUUUCAGAGGCCAACAAAAGCAGUAUCAAGCUUAUUAUCUCUGAGUGGUGAAGAAUUAGUGGUAAUAUUAACCGACGCUAAGGGCAGCCGCAUUGCUGACGCGCUCUGCUCGGGACAGCAAGUAGGAGUUAAAUCCAGAGAUAAACUUGUUAAAAAACUUAAGGGCUUCUAUCAAAAGCUAGCUCUAUCCCAGCACGGGUCGCGGGCAUUCGAGCAGAUAUUCUGCGCAUCCUCUCCGGAGCAGCAAGUCAUGAUAAUGUCGGAGUUAUCAGACAAGAGCAGUUUGCUGAAAGGCUCGCAGUACGGACGAAUUAUUGCUGAGAAAUAUGAUCUGGCGACAUUUAAACUGUCCCAAAAAGCUUGGGAAAAAGCCAGGAAGAAAGCUACGAAAAUACAAGAUAACUAAUUUUAGACUAAUCAUACCUAUUGUUUAGGUAAUUAUUGUUAUAUUUAGAUAUAAGGAUUUAAGAAUAAACAAUGAAAUAAAUUUAAUUAGUUUUA